GGAGAACACACUAUUCUCUGGAGUUUACUAGCCUACAUUUGGCACAUUAGUAACUGUAUAUGGCCUGUAACAAACUGCACAGCAUGCUAUUUCCACUUUGUCAUGUGGUAAAUCAAGGCCAUGUUCGAAAAUUCCCCCAAACAAAGACCUAGAAAAACGGUUGAUUGGAAACAAAGGGUCUCCUUAUAAUGGUAUAUUUGACACAGCAGUAUUCUCCCUCGCUUGCCUUUUGUUUGUUUUUAUUUUUUUUGGCUUGGUCAUCAUUGGCAGAGCGUUUGUAACGUCAGCCACAAAGGCUAACAAACUCUGGAAGGUCCCACGCGUGAGGCUUGCGUGGGAACAGGCCAGCGUGAGAUUUGUGGGGGUCUAUUUCGCAGGCGCCCAGGGCCAGGCAACCUUUAGUCUAGAAUGAGACAGCCGAGGGUGAGCACCUGAGUUUUCACACACUAAAGGUGCCGCAGGGAAGAACGCACUCCGGGGAUAACAUCAACCGAGGCAGCGGGAUAGCGACAACAACCACCAUGUACAAGACCAGUUACCGGCGCGAGGUGCGCAAGGAGAAGUAUGAGCGUUCUGAUGUCUUCGAAGAGCCCUACGGCCCUGAUGCAUCCGCAGGCACCUCAGCCAUCCAGGGCUGGGAGAGCCUGCAGGAGCUAAACAGCCGCUUCGCCCGCUAUAUUAAUCGGGCACGCGUGCUGGAGCAGCGCAAUUCCGUGUUCCGCAAGCAGCUAGAGACGCUGCAGCGGAUGGAAGAGGCCAGUGGGCUUGAGGAGGCCUUUACUGAACAGAUUGGCCUGAACCGGAGGCGCAUCUGCGAGCUCUCUGCCGACCGUGCCAAACUUGAGCGCCAGCUGAAGGACGCAUGCCGCAUGCUGGACGAGUUCACCAACAAAUACAGAAAUGAGUGUGAGUAUCAAGAACAGCUGCGGGGUACAUUGGAACAACUCAACAGGGAGGCUGACCAUAACCUGCUCAGGAACCUGGAGUUUCAGAUCCAGACUCAGUUCCUUCAGGAUGACAUCGACUCCACCAAAGACAGACACAGAAAGAACCUGUCAGAGAUCCAGACCUACGUGAAUAUCCUGCACCAGAUCAACCAGACGAUACACCUGGUGCCAAAUAUGGCUGUGGGCACCUCUGAGGAGCAGGAGAAGCAGCUGGCCCAGAGGAGAGUUCCAGCCCUGCAGAGUCAGCUGGAGGAGUAUAAGAGCGCCCUCUGUCAGCUCCAAGCACAGAAGCAGCAUCUGCAGUACGAGACGUCAGUGUUGGAGAGUUCCAUCAUGAGCACCCAGGAGGGCUAUGACGAUGAGAUCCAGCUGUACAACGAGCAGAUUGAGUCUCUGAGGAAGGACAUCGAGGAAGCCGAGAGAUCCCUGGACAAAUACACAAAUGAGUGCCGCCACCUGGCCAUGUACCAGACCUCACUGGAGAAUGAGCUGGAGAGGUACAAAAGGAUCAUCGAGAACGAGGACAACAGGUUGAAUUCAGCGAUAAUUGGGACUCCCAUUACCUUGUUCACCACCAAUUACCGCUACACCCACACACCCACUGUGUCGAGCAGGGGCAGAGACAUCACGCAAGCCAUCCAGGACAUCACCAGUGUCAAGCCUCGCCAGAAGAACUUGAACAAGAAGGUCCUGAAGAAGAAGGAGAUCAGCCCCAAAGAUGUGAUGGACAGUGGCCAGGAGGAGAGAGUCGGUGGAGCCGAACACAUGGAGGACGAGAAGCGAGGGGUGGCAGGGGAGGAAGGCGAGGUGAAGAGGGAGGAGCAGAGGUCCCUGUACACGCCCCAGGAUGUGCCAGACGGGGCUCAGAUCAGCAAAGCCUUCGACACGCUUUGUAACAUUGUCAGGGAUCGAAUGAGGAAGUACAAGAAGCCAGAGCCAAUUGCUGACUUUUACACCAAGGGGCGCUAUGUGCUGGUGACAGGCGAUGGCAGCUACCCCCACCCUCACUUCUACACCUCCAGCCCCUCCGCCGGACACGUCUUUGUCACCAUCCGCAAUGGCAUGGUCUCCCCUUAUGACCCAUUCGGGCCUUACACCCCCUCCCCCAACCCUCCUCAGCCCAUGCCACCCCCUGGUCCCCUUACCCCCACCCAGCCCUCUGACGGAGAGGGGGGGAAAGGAGACGAUAAGGGAGGAAAAGGUGGUGGGAAGGGGAAAUCUAGGGGCGGAGACCCCGAGCCUAGGCCGAAGAACCCUACUCCCCCCCCACAGCCCAACCCUGCCCCCAAAGGCCCCAGCAAUCCCUCCGGACCCAAGGGGGGUAAAGACGACAGUCACCGCAGGGGCCCUCCUCCCAUGCCCUCCCCCCGUGGCGCUAGCAGCAUGCCCCCUGACUCCAUGAGCUACGAGAAGGUGGAGAUGGUGGAGUCAGUGGAAAGGUUCUCCAAUGACCGCAAGACCAAGGGCUAUGAGGAGACAGCCAUGGUGGUGGAGACCAUGAUCGAGAAGACCAGCAAAAAGAAGAACUGAGUCUGAGAUAAGGUCGACCUUUGCCAAAAUAUCUCACAAGUUUUGCCUCACCUUAUGCCAAUAAGAACAAACACUGAGCCAUUGUGUGACUCUGCUGAAGACACAUUCUAAAGACAUUGUUCCCACCCUAUAUGAAACCAACCUUAAAGAGAGUUCUUCCUGAUACUGCUCCUCUAUUCGCUCACGCUUUCUGGCUUUGCGUUCAGCAAGUGUUAGCUGGUUCCAUAAUGCUGCUAUUGUCGUUUUCUACCUACGCCGUAACCUUACACAUUUAAUGUCUGAAAACAAGAAGUACGAACAUCAAAACUACAAGCCCCCUUGUCAUCUCAACCCCCAAAGUAGAGUAAACAUGGCUUGAUGUGUGAAAAAACCUCUAACAUUUUUAUAAAUUGAUGACAUGCUACUGCCCUCAUGGAUGUUUGCCACCCUUCCAAACCAAAGCUGCCCCCAAACCCAAGAGCUCAUUUGUUCAAUUGGAUGCCAUCGACUGCCCUCAACACAGACUUUCUGUGUAUAAAAUUGCUUUAAUAAUAAAAAAGAAUCAAGCUUUAAAA